GCAUUGUCCAAUUGUGUAUGUAGAGGAUGCAUAAAAAAAAAAAAAAAAUUUACCCUGCUCUAUAUACCCUCUUUGUCCUUCACUCUCUUUACCCUUUUUACCUUCUCUCUUUCUUUUUUUGCACCUUGCUCGACCUUUCCUCUCCAAUAACCUCAGUUGUGCCUGUUGUUUUCUUCCAUGGUGUCGUUUUGCUUUUGAGAUUAUACCCAAUACAACACUCAAUUGAAAAAAUUGCCAAUAUAAUAAUAAUAAUAAGAAUAGUAAUAUCAAUAAUAACAAUAUUAAGCAGCAACUACACCAUCUACCGUAUUAACUUUUGUCGUACAUUUCGACAUACUUUCAAUGCCAGUCUACUCAAACCCUGACGGACUUGUGGCUGACUUUUUACGUCUCGUCAACUCACCUCUUGGUGCAGAUGUGCGUUUUAUUGUCGGGGAGGAAAAGGUGGUCAUGCAUGCCCACUCUUUGAUCUUGCAGGCCAGAAGUAGUUACUUUGCACGCGCAUUGAACAGUGACUGGAAGGAAUCCAAUCAAGGCGUGAUCUACAAACCCAACAUCCGCCCCGCCGUCUUUGAACGUGUUUUGCAAUACAUCUAUGGUGCAAAAAUCAUAAUCGAUGAUGGGAACGAUGAGAUGAUCAUGGAGCUCAUCAAGGCUGCUGAUGAACUCUCUCUCGAAGAUUUACUACAUGGAUGCGAAGAGCAUGCGUCGUCUACUAUCUGUCGGACCAACGUACUGGAUAUGGUCCAUCUAGCCUCUCAACAUAACUUGAAACAGCUCAAGCCAGAAUGUCUGGACUUUAUUGCCAUGAACAUUGACUAUUUGAAGAGAGGAAAGCCUAUUCUGACCUUGGAUGCUGAUGUGCUGAAAGAUAUUUUGUCAAUGGAUCAACUGGAUUUAGACGAACUGGAGAUCUGGAAGAUUGCAGUUCGCUGGGCUUAUUAUCAACAAGGUUUACCAGACUGGGAUCAAUGUCCGCUCCUAGAGUUCCCCAAGGGCUCAGGAUGUGUGAUUGUUCAACCUAUAGCCGACGAUGGCUCCGUAGAGUACCAGGAUGGCCUUGAUGGGACUGGAGAAGAGGGCUAUAUUGACGAUGAGGACGAGGAUGACCUUGGGGAUGCAAGGAUCCCCAUUCGUGGAACCAACAUCCGAAUUGAACAACAAACACAGAAACAAAACCAUUCAGAUCAAGAUGAAGAUGGGUUAACGCACCCUACAACAUCUGUCUUUCAACUUGCCACGUCUCAUAAAGUGGUCCAGAUGCCAGUCUCGGUCCAUGAGGGCCUUCGGCAACAGAUUGCGCCAGUGUUACCCGCUAUUCGGUUCAUGAGAAUUCAGAGCGUGGAUUUCUUGAGGUUGAUCGAAGGGACGGGCCUGGUUCCGGCACAGCUGUGCGCAAAGGUUUACAGGUACCAUGCUGUACCAUCGAUGGCAGACCCUUAUCAGACUUCAUUGAGAAGAAGGAUGGCAUUUUCAACCAUUCUAAGUAAAGAGAACAAGGAGGUGGUUAUAGAAUGGCUUCAAGCGGCCUUGCAAGGAACCCUAGCAUCCACAGGACCCAUAGCAGUUACAACAACGGCAUCAUCAACGUUAGUUUCAGCAGUGGGUACAGGUGCAGUUGCAGCUGUGACAGGGCCGACGACAGCCAGUUCGUCAAGGAGGAUUAGCACAGGAAUGUACAAUAUUAGUCCAUCAUCACCAAUAUAUUUCAACACUCUGUCCUCAUCUCCAUCGGCUGUCUACUAUUCCACGACAACCCCUCCACUGGCGCCUUUGUCCUCCUUAAUAAACGCUCGCUCGCCGCCAUCCCCAUUGCUCACUCGAGGAUUUACAUCCUCUUCCCCAUCUUCAUCCUCAUCAGUGAUGACUGGAUCAUCCUCAGCUCCUCUAAACCGAACGACCAGAUCCGGAAGUAGCCCCUCUACAUAUCCUCAAUCACAACAGCAUCAGCAUCAAAAGCCAACAUCAACAUCACUCACUCCUCCACCCAAGCUCAUUUUACAGUAUAGGGCAACGCGCGAUGGGUUUGACGCCGCCAACUUCCAUAUGGCCUGUGACCAGCGAGGUCCGACCUUGACGGUGGUCCGGACUGAGAACGGGGCGAUUUUUGGAGGAUACAAUAGCUGUUCGUGGUCUAGCCAUCCGUCAGGAGUAUACUCAACAUCACGAAGCAAUUUCUUGUUCACUCUAAAGAGCGGAGUUGCAAGCAUGAUGAGCUCUAAUUCACCCAUAUCGGCAGCGACUGGACCAGGGUCAAGGCCAGGAUCAAUGUUAACUUCUUCUCUAUCAACAUCCUCGCCCUCAUCAACGCUAUUGGCUCCUUCAAGAGAGAAUAUGGUUUAUUGUAUCAAAGGCGAUGGAAUGGCAGCCGCCUAUAGCAAAGCGGAUUAUGGACCCACAUUUGGAGUAGGACAUGAUUUGUAUCUGGCAUCGAACUGCAAUAUGUCUUGCAAUUCUUCUUCGACGCUGCCAGCGACAUAUCACGGAGCAGGAGCUUCUUCCUUGGCGUUAGCAGGAUCGUCCUGCUUCCGUGUACAGGAAUAUGAAGUUUUCUUGGUGCAAUCCUCACCCUCAGCAUAAUAGG